UCCACUGGUUUCAUAUUCGACCCACUUCCCACCCAAAAAAGAUAAAGUAGCUCUAAAACCCUAUUGAAAAAUUCAAUUAAGAAAUGUUUUGCUUUUUGGGUUUUUGUUUUUUUAUAAAUACCAACUUGGUGCUUCACCUUUACUUUGUUUUUUUUGCAAUCAAAUUAAUGGGUACUUGUGAUUGCCCACUCAAGAUUCUUGGGUUUUCAUCUGUUUUAAAUUAUUUGCAAAACCGUAAAAGAAUUUGCUUCAUGGGGAGGAAUUGAGAUCAUGAGCUCUACCACGAUUCAAGUUACCAAUUCUGUUACUAUGGGAAUGUAUGAACCACCUAAAGCAAUGAGCAGGUGGAGGGAUACCUCAAAAGCUAUUGUCACGUCUAAUGCUGGUGCAUCUUCAAGUAUACAAGCGGAAUCUGGACAUGAGAAUAAGUUUAACUACGAGUAUGCAUCUCCGGAGAUGACCGAACCAUCCUUGAAUAGUGAAGAUAUAGCAAGACUUUCUGAGAAGGUGCAAAGGCGUUUGGCACAAAACCGAGAAGCUGCUCGAAAGAGUCGUUUGAGAAAGAAGGCUUAUGUUCAGCAAUUAGAAAGUAGCCGUCUGAAGCUGGCCCAAUUAGAACUACAAAUUCAGCAAACGAAACAGAUAGCCUCACAUAUGGGCACUACCUUGCAUGCGAAUCUUGGAUUCACAGGACAUAACAACGCAGGAUUAGCCGCUUUUGAAAUGCAAUAUGGACACUGGGUUGAAGAGCAAAACCGACAGAAUUGUGAACUCAGAACGGCUCUGGAGGCUAACGUGUCGGAUGUUGACCUAAUAAUGCUUGUUGAUGUUGGCUUGAAUCACUAUUCCCAUCUUUUUCGGAUCAAAGCAGAAGCAGCUAAAACCGAUGUCUUCUAUUUGAUGUCGGGCAUGUGGAGAACAUCCGUUGAGCAGUUCUUCAUCUGGAUCGGAGGAUUUCGGCCAUCGGAACUUUUAAACAUUCUCAUGCCGCAACUUGAGUCCUUGACCUCACUACAAAUGGAUGAAAUAGGUAGAUUACGGUAUGCAUCUCGACAAGCGGAGGAUGCCUUAUCACGAGGAGUUGAUAAACUUCAGCAAACUCUAACUCAGAUCAUGUUUGCUGAAGCAGUCGGUGUAGAAAUGUACGGCAUCCAAAUGACCUCUGCAUUGGAGAAGUUAGGAGCUAUAGAAGGCUUUGUGAACCAGGCUGAUCAUCUACGUGAGCAAGCCCUACGUCAAAUGUCUCGGAUUCUUACACCCCGUCAAGCAGCCAGAGGAAUGGUAGCACUGGGGGAGUACUUCCAUCGUAUGCGUACACUAAGUACACUUUGGUCUGCUCGUCCUCGCGAUACAGGCUAGUGUAAAUAAGGCCACUGGAGUUCACUCUGUACAUGGACUGGCCGUUUUCUUCAGCCAACAUGUAUCUAUAAUUUAUCCUUUUAUGACCCUUAUAUCUUCUGUAGAGGAAGCAUGGCUUUUUUAUUACGAUUUAGCUUGUAAAUAUGCUUUAUCGCUUUUUUUAGAACGAGGAAAAUAGUAAUGUCUGGUUGGUUCCGAAAGUUGUACAGUGAUGUAAUAUUUACUCAUCAGAGGCUAGGAUGUGGUUAGACGGGGGAUGAACACAAAGUAUUGCUCAUAAAAUGUAAGAUAUAUAUGUUUUUACUAUUGUAAUAAUGUUGUAUCCUUCUAUGUUCUCCAAA